AUGUCAACUCAACGAAUAGGACAUACAGCUACUCUCUUGACUAAUGGAAAAGUCUUCGUUAUUGGUGGAUACACAUUAGAUGAAUAUGGCUACUCGCUUCCUUUAAAUUCCGUAGAACUUUAUGAUCCAUUAACAGGAUUAUGGACAAGAUCAGCUAACAUGACAAUUGGGCGACUAAGUCACACAGCCAUUCGUUUAGCAAAUGGAAAAGUUUUAGUUGCUGGUGGAAGUGGAUCUGAUGGAUCGAAUGCUUUAGGAGCUAUAAGUAGUGCAGAAUUGUACGAUCCAUCAACAGGAUUGUGGACAGGAACAGGCAACAUGACUGUUGCGCGACAGGGUCAUACAGCUACACUCUUGACUAAUGGAAAGAUCUUGGUUGCUGGGGGAUCUGAAUAUGAUGGAUACAGAAACUCAGGAUUUUUAAACAGCGCAGAACUGUAUGAUCCAUCAACACGAUCAUGGACAAAGACAGGUGACAUGUCUAUUGGGCGACAGAAUCAAAUAUCCGUACUCUUGACUAAUGGAAAAGUCUUGGUUGCAGGAGGAUACUAUUUCGAUGGAUAUGAUUAUGGGGGAUCGAUAAAUAGUCCCGAGUUGUAUAAUCCCUCGACAGGUCUGUGGACACCGACAGGCAACAUGAGUAUUUCACGACAGUUUUCAACAGGCUCCCUCUUAAUCAAUGGAAAGGUGUUAGCUGUCGGUGGAGAAACCGACGAGACAUUCACCAAUGGUGGCUUUUUGAGUAGCACAGAAUUAUACGAUCCAUCGACCGGACUUUGGACAAAUAGUAGUAAUAUGAAUACCGGGCGAAUGACUCAUGCAAUGUGUUCUUUAGCUAAUGGCACUAUGUUAGUGACUGGUGGUGUUGGCUAUGAUCCAAACGUUUUUAUGAUGCCUUUGAAUGAUACAGAACUAUAUAAUCCAUCAACAGGGCUCUGGUCAAAGACAGACAGCAUGAAAAUUGCACGUGCUCUACACACUGCCACUCUAUUGACAAAUGGAAAAGUCUUAGUAGCUGGUGGUUACUCUGGAGCAGCUUCCUUAGAUAGCGCUGAGUUAUACUACUGA